AUGGACCACCUUCACAAUAAGAGGGACUCAGCCUACUCCUCCUUCUCCACCAGCUCUAGUAUCCCAGAGUACCUAGCGGCCGCUCCGACCUUUGGUAAGGAGAGGUCGUAUUCCAUGGAGACGGUUCCGCAGAGGGGCGGGGUUAGUGGAGGAGGCGGGGCCGGGGCGGAGGGAAUGCAGCAAGCUGACAUCCGAUAUGUCCGUACGGUCUACGACCCCCAGCAGGGCGGGGCCCAGGAGCACGAGGUCAGCUCCACCUCUGCUGCGUUGCUACGCAACCACGAGGCUGGCAGGGCGGGGUCUUGUAGUGGGGGCGGAGCCGCCUGUUACCGCGGCACCAGUAGCAGUAGUAACAGCAGUGGCGGAAGCAGCGGUGGUGGUAACCAUGGUAUUAACCCCAACCGUCACAGUGUUGGGCCCAUCUGGGGUCAGAGCGCCAGCCGCAGUUCCUACGAGAGCCUGAAGGGGGUGCCGGCUCCUCCCAUGCGGAGCGAUAGCUACGCGGCCAUCAGGAACCAUGAGAGGCCCAACUCCUGGUCCAGCCUGGAGCAGACUCGCUCACUCAGGGCUCUCCACAAGGGGUCCACCUCCUCCUGGUACCACUCCUCUGGCUCCGUGGCCUCCGGCUCGGGAAAGGGCUCCUACGGGGCCGAGGGCCAGCUCCACACUGUCAUAGAGAAGAGUCCUGAGAGCAGGUAUUAAGUCUAUUCUAUUGUAUCCAAUUAGCGAACCCAUGGACAUCAUGAGUUGUGUUUGUUUCACCAGACAUCGGUCAUCAGUGCUCCGUCUAUGUGGCUCUAAUGUAGGCAUGUGUAUGUUGUUGUCUUCCUCUUCUUCUAGCCCCACCACCAAGCCCAAACAGGGCUUCCCACCGCCCCCCGAACCCCAGCAAACAUCCACCCAGUCUGGCCGCCUCAUGCUGCCCCAGGGCAUCUACCCCGUGCCCCCUCCGGAACCCCACUAUGCCCAGAUGCCCACCAGCAGCCCCAGCCCCAGCAACGUGUACCCAGCCCUGGCCAGGGAGAGCAGCCUGAGCAGGCAGCGAGAGCUCCAGGGGUUAGGGGUGGGGGUCAGUGUGGAUACAGGGAUGGCGGUAGUGGUGGAGAAUGGAUACCAAAGCAACCCUUCUUCCUCCUCCUAUGUCACUUCCUCUGGCCAGCCUCAGCAUCAUGACUUUGCUCAGCCUCCACCCAAACAGCCAGCUCAUCCAACCCAACCCGCAGACAGAGGGGGGGACAGGUCAGGGUACGAGGAGACCCAAACCAAACUGGGUCUCUACAGGUCUCUGCCUUUGGGACACGGCCAGACCGUGUCCCAAAGGCAGAGCCAGCGGAGUCAAGGACAGGGACAGGGACAGGGACAGGGUCAGAGCCAUGGUCAGGGUCAGGGUCAGGAACAGGGUCAGAGCCAGGGUCAGGGACAGGGUCAGAGCCAGGGUCAGGGACAGGGUCAGAGCCAGGGUCAGGGACAGGGUCAGAGCCAGGGUCAGGGUCAGGGUCAGGAACAGGGUCAGAGCCAGGGUCAGGGACAGGGUCAGGAACAGGGUCAGAGCCAGGGUCAGGAACAGGGUCAGAGCCAGGGUCAGGGACAGGGUCAGAGCCAGGGUCAGGGACAGGGUCAGAGCCAGGGUCAGGCGAACAGACCCUCCUCAGCCCAGUCUCUAGGCCAGGAGAGGCGGGAUCCAUACACUCCAGUCCAGCCGCGGGGAGAGAGGCUACCCAGGUACUCCCUGGGCUCAGAGAGAUACCCUGAGCACCACCGACAGGGCCAGGGCAGAGAGGAGGAGCCCAGUCACCACACCAGUCACCCAGUACCUCCUCAUGCCACCACCAUGCCCAGUAAGAUCGUCCAGGGACAGGUUCCCCAGGGGAGCAGCAGCAGUAGGACCCCAGCACAGGUGUCUGACCAGCGGUUAGAGCAGAGAGCCCAGGGGCCUGACCAGCGGUUAGAGCAGAGAGCCCAGGGGCCUGACCAGCGGUUAGAGCAGAGAGCCCAGGGGCCUGACCAGCGGUUAGAGCAGAGAGCCCAGGGGCCUGACCAGCGGUUAGAGCAGAGAGCCCAGGGGCCUGACCAGCGGUUAGAGCAGAGAGCCCAGGGGCCUGACCAGCGGUUAGAGCAGAGAGCCCAGGGGCCUGACCAGCGGUUAGAGCAGAGAGCCCAGGGGCCUGACCAGCGGGUCAACGACCAGAGAUCCAGGUCCCCCCUCUGGCACUACAGUGAUCCAAUUCCCCCACAGCAGCAGAGGGACCAGAGGGACCAGAGGGGACCAGAGCACCCCCUGACCCGGCUGGAGAACGCCCUAGCGGAUGUCCAGCGCUGUGCCAGUCCAGAGAGCUCCGCCAGCAGCCAGAGCAGGCACCAGAGGAGCCUCUCUGUUCUGGAGAAGGUGAACCGCUUCGAGCGCCGCGAACAGGGUCAUGGGCAGGGACAGGUUCAGGGACAGGUUCAGGGCCAUGGGCAGGGGAAGCAGAGGAGUAAAAGCACCAGCGCCAGCCACACCAGCCUGAGGCCCUCCUCCUCCCGUCCAACUCAGCCCCAGUCCCAGCCCCAGUCCCAGCCCCAGUCACAGCCCCAGCCCCAGCCCCAACCCCAGCCCCAACCCCAGCCCCAGCCCCUGCCCCAGCCCCUGCCCAAGCCCCUGCCCCAGCCCCAGCCCCAACCCCAGCCCCAACCCCAGCCCCAGCCCCUGCCCCAGCCCCUGCCCAAGCCCCUGCCCCAGCCCCAGCCCCAGCCCCAGCCCCAGCCCCAACCCCAGCCCCAGUCCCAGCCCCAUGAGAGGGCCAUGAGCUAUGGUGCAGGAAUGGAUGACCUGCGUAACAGCCCCAGCAGCACACUGAGCUCCCCCUCUAGCUCACAUCAUGGGAAAACAACGGUGGCCCACGAGGAUCAUCAUUACGCAGAGCAGAGGCCAGGGAGUUGGGACCAGGCCCAGUCCCAGAGCUCCAGGUACCCCCACCACCACCACCACCACCCUAACCCCCAGGACCCUCACCCUGGCUCAGCCCUGCAGAGGAGCAGGAGCACCUUCCAACUGGGGAGCAAGGAGGGCCAGGAGGAGAAUGGCCAUGACAGGGACAGGUAAUUGUUCAAAAUUGUAUAUAAUAUCUACACUGAGUGGACAAAACAUAAAGAACACCUUCCUAAUAUUGAGUUGCACCCCCCCCCUCCCCUCCCUUUUGCCAUCAGAACAGCCUCAAGGUGUCGAAAGCAUUCCACAGGGAUGCUGGCCCAUGUUGACUCCAACGCUUCCCACAGUUGUGUCAAGUUGGCUGGAUGUUCUUUGGGUGGUGGACCAUUCUUAAUACACAUGGGAAACUGUUGAGUGUGAAAAACCCAGCAGCGUUGCAGUUCUUGACACAAACCGGUGCGCCUGGCACCUACUACCAUACCCCGUUCAAAGAAACUUACAAAUGUUUUCUUGUCCAUUCACCCUCUGAAUGGCACCCAUACACAAUCCAUGUCUCAAUUGUCUCAAGGCUUAACAAUCCUUCUUUAACCUGUCUCCUCCCCUUCAUCUACACUGAUUGAAGUGGAUUUAACCAGUGACAUCAAUAAGGGAUCAUAGCUUUCACCUUGAUUCACCUGGUCAGUCUUUGUCAUGGAAAGAGCAGGUGUUCCUAAUGUUUUGUACACUCAGUGUAUGUUGUAUAGAUUGUGUAAAUUAUGUGUAUAUUACAUUGUCUGUAUUCUGUUUAUUGUUGUCACCAACAUUUCACCAGGUCAAAUUCCUGGUACAUGUUAAUGUCGUGGUGAAUAAAGGGGAUUCUCAUUCUGAUUUUGACAGGGAUGGGGACAGACAGUUCCAUUGGAGGGAUGGCCUGCAGGACCUACUGGGGACCAUCCAGGACACGUCCUUUAACCGGGCCUACAGGAACAGUAUCAAGGACGCCCAGUCCAAGGUGCUCCGAUCCACCUCCUUCAGACGCAGGGGCCUGGGAAUCAGCGCCAGCGGUAGUGUCAACCCCCCUCCUGGUGUCAACGACUCCUCUCCCGUCCCCGCCAAGCACUUCUCUCUGGAGAAGAAGGCCCCCAAGACCAGCCCCAAACCCUCCACUACCGCCCCAGCCUCCGCCCCAGCCACCUCCACUCACAACCCCAAAGAAAGGCUCACGAUCACCGUCCCAGACCCAGACCCAGACCCAGCCACCUUUCCCUCUCCUCACACCCCCAAAGAAAGGCACGUUGUCACCCCGGAGCCCGAGAGGUUCAGUCCCCCAGAGCUCCCCAGCGUCCUGGCCGUGGGCCCACCAGUCCCGGCCCGUAUCGGGGGGCGUAAGAGGCUCACCAUGGAGCAGAAGAAGAGGUCCUACUCCGAGCCUGAGAACAUGCACGAGGUGAGUCAAAGUAUCCAGGAUGCCAUCUCCUGCUGUUUUGCCCUUAAGCAAGGCACUUAAAAGGUAGACUCAGUGAGAUGACGUUGCAACGAACAGCACCGCAGAUAUUGAGAUGAGCGCGAUACAAGACUUCGCUCUUACGCUGCUACAACGUGGUAGCUACGGGACCAAAACAGCGGAGAAGUUUAGCCUCAGGCUUCAACACUCUGAGUUGUUGUUGUUGUUGCGGAAAUUCACCCACUAUGUGUUGACGUGCACUCCAUUCAGGGUGCACUGCACUGCGGCUGACCCUGUGCCUCCAAACCCUUGGGUGUGUGUGUCUCAGGGGGUUGGGUUAGAAAGCAAGAGACACAUUUCUGUUUUCUGCAAGGUAAUGGACAAUAAAGGUUUCCUGUUCUUCUUGUUCUUCUUGUUCUUGUUCUUCUAGGUGGGGUUGGAGUCUGACCCAAGGAGUAGUGCCCAGCACCAAGAGUUCCCGUUCCCAGGCACAGAGACCAGCGUGGCGGACCGCAGGAGGAUGUUUGAGAUGGCAGCCAGUCGCAGCCUGAGCUCCAGCUCCCAGACUCCCCAGGGCCUCCAGAGCUCCCAGACUCCCCAGGGCCUCCAGAUCUCCCAGGCAAGUCUAGCCGUGUCCCGGCCAGAGCUCCGGCAGCUGCAGCAGGACGCCCUGGCCGACUACAUGGAGAGGAAGAGAGGCUGGAGGACAGACAGGGACAGGGACAGGUCAGAGGGAGGGAGAGUCCACCGUGACCGGCCUCACAGCGUCUACCUGCAGCCCUUUACAGACACCCGGAGUGUUUCCUCAACCUCCACCACCAGUCUAGCCUCUCUCCAGGAGCCCCUUGGCCAAGACAGCAGCCUCUCUGGUGGGGGAAGGCUCUGCUCCACCCUGCCUCCUGGCCUCCGGGGAUUCUAUCCAGGCAGGGUCACUGCACCACGCGUCCAGGCCAAGGCCCCUGCCUCUAUCUCCACCACCCACCCAGACACCUCGGGAUUCCACAGGCUAGUGGAGGGAGAGCUGCCCAGAUCCAGCCUUGGUAGAGAAGACCCAUCCCAGGCCACAGCCCAGGCCUAUGAGGCUCUCCGGAGCCAGGAGUUUUUCGUGCGAGGCGAUGGAGCCUUUGAGAGGGCUGCUCCAGCCCGGAGCUCUUGCAAGUCGGUCUCUGCGGAGGACCUGCUGGAGCGCUCUGAGAGUCCUGCACCCCAGCACUUCAGAUCCCGCUCCUCACCCUCUGGCGAGAGGCUCAAUCAGGUAGAGUGCACUACGCUCUCUGUUUUACACUUUGUAGACUUCUUUACUGAUCUAGUACAAGACAAAACAAAGGUACACCAUUUAUUUUGUGUGUGAAUGCAGCUGUAGCAUCAACUGUAAGUGGUGCUCGUCUUAGGUUAGCUCAUUUUAGGUCUUACAUUUACAUUUUAGUCAUUUAGCAGACGCUCUUAUCCAGAGCGACUUACAGUUAGUGAGUGCAUACAUUUUCAUACUGGCCCCCCAUGGGAAACGAACCCACAACCCUGGCGUUGCAAGUGCCAUGCUCUACCAACUGAGCUACAGGGGACGUCUUAGGUCUUAGGUUAGCUCAUCUUAGGUCUUAGGUCUUAAGUUAGCUCAUCUUAGGUCUUAGGUUAGCUCAUCUUAGGUCUUAGAUCUUAGGUUAGCUCAUCUUAGGUCUUAGGUUAGCUCAUCUUAGGUCUUAGGUCUUAGGUUAGCUCAUCUUAGGUCUUAGGUCUUAGGUUAGCUCAUCUUAGGUCUUAGGUCUUAGGUUAGCUCAUCUUAGGUCUUAGGUCUUAGGUUAGCUCAUCUUAGGUCUUUUAUGGUCUAGGUCUUAGGUUAGCUCAUCUUAGGUCUUAGGUCUUAGGUUAGCUCAUCUUAGGUCUUAGGUCUUAGGUUAGCUCAUCUUAGGUCUUAGGUCUUAGGUCAGCUCAUCUUAGGUCUUAGGUCUUAGGUUAGCUCAUCUUAGGUCUUAGGUCUUAGGUUAGCUCAUCUUAGGUCUUAGGUCUAGGUAGCUCAUCUUAGGUCUAGGUCUUAGGUUAGCUAUCUUAGGUUUAGGUCUUGGUUAGCUCAUCUUAGGUCUUAGGUCUUAGGUUAGCUCAUCUUAGGUCUUAGGUCUUAGGUUAGCUCAUCUUAGGUCUUAGGUGUCUAGGUUAGCUCAUCUUAGGUCUUAGGUUAGUUAGCUAAUCUUAGGUCUUAGGUUAGCUCAUCUAGGCUUAGGUCUUAGGUUAGCUCAUCUUAGGUUGUCUUAGGUUAGCUCAUCUUAGGUCUUAGGUCUUAGGUUAGCUCAUCUUAGGUCUUAGGUCUUAGGUUAGCUCAUCUAGUCUAGGCUUAGGUAGCUUAUCUUGGUCUUAGGUCUUAGGUUAGCUCAUCUUAGUCUUAGAUCUUAGGUUAGCUCAUCUUAGGUCUUAGGUCUUAGGUUAGCUCAUCUUAGGUCUUAGAUCUUAGGUUAGCUCAUCUUAGGGUCUUAGAUCUUAAAGGUUAGCUCAUCUUAGGUCUUAGAUCUUAGGUUAGCUCAUCUUAGGUCUUAGGUCUUAGGUUAGCCACUCAUCUUAGGUCUUAGGUCUUAGGUUAGCUCAUCUUAGGUCUUAGAUCUUAGGUUAGCUCAUCUUAGGUCUUAGGUCUUAGGUUAGCUCAUCUUAGGUCUUAGAUCUUAGGUUAGCUCAUCUUAGGUCUUAGAUCUUAGGUUAGCUCAUCUUAGGUCUUAGAUCUUAGGUUAGCUCAUCUUAGGUCUUAGGUCUUAGGUUAGCUCAUCUUAGGUGUUAGGUUAGCUCAUCUUAGGUCUUAGGUUAGCUCAUCUUAGGUCUUAGGUCUUAGGUUAGCUCAUCUUAGGUCUUAGAUCUUAGGUUAGCUCAUCUUAGGUCUUAUGUCUUAGGUUAGCUCAUCUUAGGUCUUAGAUCUUAGGUUAGCUCAUCUUAGGUCUUAGGUCUUAGGUUAGCUCAUCUUAGGUCUUAGAUCUUAGGUUAGCUCAUCUUAGGUCUUAGAUCUUAGGUUAGCUCAUCUUAGGUCUUAGGUCUUAGGUUAGCUCAUCUUAGGUCUUAGGUCUUAGGUUAGCUCAUCUUAGGUCUUAGGUCUUAGGUUAGCUCAUCUUAGGUCUUAGGUCUUAGGUUAGCUCAUCUUAGGUCUUAGAUCUUAGGUUAGCUCAUCUUAGGUCUUAGGUCUUAGGUUAGCUCAUCUUAGGUCUUAGGUCUUAGGUUAGCUCAUCUUAGGUCUUAGGUCUUAGGUUAGCUCAUCUUAGGUCUUAGGUCUUAGGUUAGCUCAUCUUAGGUCUUAGGUUAGCUCAUCUUAGGUCUUAGAUCUUAGGUUAGCUCAUCUUAGGUCUUAGGUCUUAGGUUAGCUCAUCUUAGGUCUUAGGUCUUAGGCUAGCUCAUCUUAGGUCUUAGGUUAGCUCAUCUUAGCUCUUAGGUCUUAGGUUAGCUCAUCUUAGGUCUUAGGUCUUAGGUUAGCUCAUCUUAGGUCUUAGGUUAGCUCAUCUUAGGUCUUAGGUCUUAGGUUAGCUCAUCUUAGGUCUUAGGUCUUAGGUUAGCUCAUCUUAGGUCUUAGGUCUUAGGUUAGCUCAUCUUAGGUCUUAGGUUAGCUCAUCUUAGGUCUUAGGUUAGCUCAUCUUCGGUCUUAGAUCUUAGGUUAGCUCAUCUUAGGUCUUAUGUCUUAGGUUAGCUCAUCUUAGGUCUUAGAUCUUAGGUUAGCUCAUCUUAGGUCUUAGGUCUUAGGUUAGCUCAUCUUAGGUCUUAGAUCUUAGGUUAGCUCAUCUUAGGUCUUAGAUCUUAGGUUAUCUCAUCUUAGGUCUUAGAUCUUAGGUUAGCUCAUCUUAGGUCUUAGGUUAGCUCAUCUUAGGUCUUAGGUCUUAGGUUAGCUCAUCUUAGGUCUUAGGUUAGCUCAUCUUAGGUCUUAGGUCUUAGGUUAGAUCACCUUAGGUCUUAGAUCUUAGGUUAGCUCAUCUUAGGUCUUAUGUCUUAGGUUAGCUCAUCUUAGGUCUUAGAUCUUAGGUUAGCUCAUCUUAGGUCUUAGGUCUUAGGUUAGCUCAUCUUAGGUCUUAGAUCUUAGGUUAGCUCAUCUUAGGUCUUAGAUCUUAGGUUAGCUCAUCUUAGGUCUUAGGUCUUAGGUUAGCUCAUCUUAGGUCUUAGGUCUUAGGUUAGCUCAUCUUAGGUCUUAGGUCUUAGGUUAGCUCAUCUUAGGUCUUAGGUCUUAGGUUAGCUCAUCUUAGGUCUUAGAUCUUAGGUUAGCUCAUCUUAGCUUGGUGGUUCCAGCUAAAGCAGCUGAUGCCUUCCUGCUGUGUGACCUGACUGACUGUGUCUGAGCUGGGGUUGGUGUCUGAGCUGGGGUUGGUGUCUGAGCUGGGGUUGGUGUCUGAGCUGGGGUUGGUGUCUGAGCUGGGGUUGGUGUCUGAGCUGGGGUUGGUGUCUGAGCUGGCCUGGCUGGGAGCAGGCACAUAA